AAAGUACAAACAAGGAAACACCAAGAAAAGUAGCAUACACGACUUAAAUUCCAAGUUUCCAAACACAGGUUUACCGGAUUCAUGUUUCCUGCUUCGCUGGUCAAUCUCUGAUCGUAUAUACUUCAUCUCUUUGGUGGGAAUUCGCUAAUUUUUCAGAUUCCGGUCAAUAUCUACUGAUAUCCGGUAGAUAUGGGGGUGGUGAAGGCGGCUAUCGGUGAUGGGGUGUUGACUUUUAUGUGGGUAUUCUGUGCUUCUACUCUUGGUGCUGCUACUUCCGUCAUCGCCACGGCCAUCGGAAUCCAAGGAAUGGCGUCUCUUUUGAUUACGAUCUUCCUCAUAUUCAUCCUCUUGUUCAUCUUCGGUAUUAUCGGCCAUGCUUUAGGUGGUGCUAGCUUCAAUCCCGCCGGCACUGCUGCGUUCUAUGCUGCUGGUCUCGGCGGUGAUACCCUCAUCUCCGCUGCCGUGCGUUUUCCUGCUCAGGCAUUGGGUGCCGUUGGUGGUGCCUUGGCGAUUGUCGAAUUGAUGCCACCAAAAUACAAACACAUGCUCGGUGGACCUUCUUUGAAAGUCGACUUGCAUACGGGCGCUAUUGCUGAAGGGUUGUUAACUUUCGUGAUGAACUUUCUCGUCCUUUGCAUUAUCCUCAAGGGUCCCAAAAGUCCGUUAAUGAAAAAUUGGAUGCUUUCAAUGUCGAUUGUGACUUUGAUUAUUGCUGGUUCUGGGUAUACCGGCCCUUCAAUGAAUCCUGCCAACGCGUUUGGUUGGGCAUACGUAAAUAAUCAACACAAUACAUGGGAGCAGUUUUACGUUUACUGGAUUUGCCCAUUCAUGGGCGCGAUAUUGGCUGCUUGGGUUUUCCGACUCUUCUUUCCACUACCUUCAAAGCAGAAGACGGCCUGAAAACGAGCCGGAAAAUUAAUUCCGGCCGGGUUUCUUCUCGGUAGCAAAUUAUUGUUUCGCAAUUAGAUUUCCUUUGAUGCGAAUCAUGUAGAUAUGCUGAUAUCCUUCAUAUUUAAGCUUACCAUGCUAUUAUGAAUUUUAUUGUUAUCUGUUCAAGUGUCAUUAUUCAGACCUUGCUUCAUUUUUCUUCAA